CGGCGGCCCACGGCGGAAGGGGGCAGCCGAGGCCGGAGCUCGGGCAGGAGUGGGGCCCAGGACGCUGUAGAGCAUCAUGAACUAGGACGAGUAGACAGCCCAAGAACCCUCCAGAAGAGGAAGGGAGAGCCAGCCGUUCCUUCCCUGUGCUGACCACAUCAUCCAGCUUCUGCCUCUGCCCCUGCCCUGCCCUCACUGGCCCCUGGACUGCCGGGCUUCCAGCAGGGCCUUUCCCCAGGGAAUGGGGAGCUGGUGAAACAGGUCUUACUGCCGUACACCAUGAACUUCCAGGCCCAGCCCAAGGCUCAGAACAAGCGGAAGCGUUGUCUCUUUGGGGACCAGGAAUCAGCUCCCAAGGAGCAGCCCCCAGCCCUGCAGGCCCCCCAGCAGUCUGUCAGAGUGAAGGAGGAGCAAUACGUGGGGCACGAGUGUCCGGCAGGGGCUGCUUCCACCUCUCAGCCUGUGGAACUGCCCCCUCCCAACAGCCUGGCCCUGCUGAACUCUGUGGUGUAUGGGCCUGAGCGGACCACAGCAGCCAUGUUGUCCCAGCAGGUGGGCUCAGUCAAGUGGCCUAACUCUGUAAUGGCUCCUGGGCGGGGCCUGGAGCGUGGAGGAGGUGGGGGUGUCAGUGACAGUGGCUGGCAGCAGCAGCCAGGCCAGCCUCCACCUCACUCAACGUGGAACCGCCACAACCUGUCCCUUUACAGUGGACCCAAGGGGAGCCCUCAUCCUGGUGUGGGGGUCUCUACCUACUAUAACCACCCUGAGGCACUGAAGCGGGAGAAGGCAGGGGGCCCGCAGCUGGACCGCUAUGGAAACGCAGUGCACCCGGUGAUGGCACAGAAGGUGCAGCUGGAGGUAGGGCGGCCACAGGCGCCCCUGAACUCUUUCCACACAUCCAAGAAACCCCCAAACCAGACGCUGCCUCUGCAACCCUUCCAGCUGGCGUUUGGCCACCAGGUGAAUCGGCAGGUGUUCCGGCAGGGCCCACCGCCCCCAAACCCCGUCGCCGCCUUCCCCCCACAGAAGCAGCAGCAGCAGCAGCAGGCAGCCCUACCCCAGAUGCAACUUUUUGAGAACUUCUACCCCAUGCAGCAGCCGCCCUCUCAGCAGCCCCAGGACUUUGGCCUGCAGCCGGCCGGGCCACUGGGGCAGUCCCACCUGGCUCACCAUAGCAUGGCACCCUACCCCUUCCCCCCCAACCCUGAUUUGAACCCAGAACUGCGCAAGGCCCUCCUGCAGGAGUCAGCCCCGCAGCCUGUGCUACCUCAGGCCCAGAUCCCUUUCCCCCGCCGUUCCCGCCGCCUCUCUAAGGAGGGUAUCCUGCCUCCCACCACCCUGGAUGGGGCUGGCACCCAACCUGGGCAGGAGCCCACAGGCAAUCUAUUUCUGCAUCACUGGCCCCUGCAGCAGCCACUGCCUGGCUCCCUGGGGCAGCCCCAUCCUGAAGGUCUAGGUUUCCCCCUGGAGCUGAGAGAGUCACAGCUGCUGCCUGAUGGGGAGAGACUGGCACCCAAUGGUCGGGAGCGGGAGGCUCCCACCAUGGGCAACGAGGACAGCAUGAGGGCAGUGGGUACAGGGGACUGUGGGCAGGUGCUACGGGGUGGGGUGAUCCAGAGCACACGACGGAGACGCCGGGCAUCCCAGGAGGCCAAUUUGUUGACCCUGGCCCAGAAGGCAGUGGAGCUGGCCUCACUGCAGAACGCAAAGGAUGCCAAUGGCUCUGAGGAGAAGCGGAAAAGUGUAUUGGCCUCAACUACCAAGUGUGGGGUGGAGUUUUCUGAGCCUUCCUUAGCUGCCAAGCGAGCACGAGAAGACAGCGGGAUGGUACCCCUCAUCAUCCCAGUGUCUGUGCCUGUGAGGACUGUGGACCCAACUGAGGCGGCCCAAGCUGGAGGUGUCGAUGAGGAUGGGAAGUGUCCUGAACAGAACCCCACUGAGCACAAGCCAUCGGUCAUUGUCACCCGCAGACGGUCCACCCGUAUCCCUGGGACAGAUGCUCCAGCUCAGGCUGAGGACAUGAAUGUCAAGUUGGAGGGGGAGGCUUCUGUGCGGAAACCAAAGCAGCGGCCACGGCCUGAGCCCCUGAUCAUCCCCACCAAGGCAGGCACCUUCAUCGCUCCUCCCAUCUACUCCAGCAUCACCCCGUACCAGAGCCACCUGCGCUCUCCUGUCCGCCUAGCUGACCACCCCUCUGAGCGGAGCUUUGAGCUGCCCCCCUACACACCACCCCCCAUCCUUAGCCCUGUGCGAGAAGGCUCCGGCCUCUACUUCAAUGCCAUCAUAUCAACCAGCAGCAUCCCAGCCCCUCCUCCCAUCACGCCAAAGAGUGCCCAUCGCACCCUGCUGCGCUCUAACAGCGCUGAAGUCACCCCGCCUGUCCUCUCUGUGAUGGGGGAGGCCACCCCAGUGAGCAUUGAGCCACGGAUCAACGUGGGCUCCCGGUUCCAAGCAGAAAUCCCCUCAAUGAGGGACCGCGCCUUGGCAGCUGCAGACCCCCACAAGGCUGAUUUGGUGUGGCAGCCAUGGGAGAACCUAGAGAGCAGCCGGGAGAAGCAGAGGCAAGUGGAAGACCUGCUGACAGCUGCCUGCUCCAGCAUUUUCCCUGGCGCUGGCACCAACCAGGAGCUGGCCCUGCACUGUUUGCACGAGUCCAGGGGAGACAUCCUGGAGACGCUGAAUAAGCUGCUACUGAAGACGCCCCUGCGGCCCUACAACCACCCACUGGCGACUUAUCACUACACAGGCUCCGACCAGUGGAAAAUGGCUGAGAGGAAGCUGUUCAACAAGGGCAUUGCCAUCUACAAGAAGGAUUUCUUCCUGGUACAGAAGCUGAUCCAGACCAAGACUGUGGCCCAGUGUGUGGAGUUCUAUUACACCUACAAGAAGCAGGUGAAAAUUGGCCGCAACGGGACUCUAACCUUUGGGGAUGUGGAUACAAGCGACGAGAAGUCAGCCCAGGAAGAGGUUGAAGUGGAUAUCAAGACUUCCCAGAAGUUCCCAAGGGUGCCUCCUCCCAGAAGAGAGUCCCCAAGUGAAGAGAGGCUGGAGCCCAAGAGGGAGGUGAAGGAGCCCAGGAAGGAGGGGGAGGAGGAGGUGCCAGAAAUCCAGGAGAAAGGGGAGCAGGAAGAGGGGCGAGAGCGCAGCCGGCGGGCAGCGGCCGUCAAAGCCACACAGACACUACAGGCCAAUGAGUCGGCCAAUGACAUCCUCAUCCUCCGGAGCCACGAGUCCAACGCCCCGGGGUCUGCCGGUGGCCAGGCCUCAGAGAAGCCAAGGGAGGGAGCAGGCAAGUCACGAAGGGCACUACCUUUUUCGGAGAAGAAGAAGAAACCAGAGACCUUUAAUAAGACCCAGAAUCAAGAGAACACAUUCCCUUGUAAAAAAUGUGGCAGGUAA